AUGAUUUCGACACCUGAGCUGUCAAUCCGGACUCAAAUCGCUGAGUCAUAUGCGAACGAUUCAUUCUACACGGGAAUCAUCAAUUAUCUUCGACACCCUAGUGAGGGUUCACUCGCGAAGUUGACGAAACCAACGCGUGACAACAUCAAGCGGUACGCGCUUGAUGGUCCGCUGCUGACUUAUACAAUGGACGUUUUCGACCCACCGCGCGUCGUCAUCCCUGCUGAUGACGACCUCCGCGCACGAUUGGUGCAUGAAUUUCAUGACACUCCAACUGGUGGUCAUUUGGGUCGCGAGAAGACGUUCGCGGCCAUCUCUCGUGUGUUUUUCUGGCCGCGUAUGUACAAAUACAUCCAGAAAUGGGUACGCUCUUGUGAAAUAUGCCAGCGUGUGAAGCCUGCGCCGUCUUCACAAGCUCCAUUGCGUCCGCUUUCGAUUGCCACGGAAGCCUGGCGUUCGGUCAGCAUGGAUUUCAUCUUUGGUCUCCCUCCGGACGAACAGAAACGCACGGGCGUAUUGGUUUUUGUGGAUCGAUUUAGCAAAAUGGUGCAUUUUGCUCCAGUCUCCGCGCACGUUACGGCGGAGACGACCGCGCAGAUCUUCAUCGAUCUCAUAUUUCGACAUCACGGCUUGCCUGAAUCAAUUGUUUCGGACCGCGACCCGCGCUUUACAUCAGCUUUUUGGGCAACGUUGUUUCAACUAUUGGGCACGCGACUGCUUAUGUCUACGGCAGCCCAUCCAGAGGCGGAUGGGCAAACGGAGCGCGUGAACAGAGUGCUUGAAGAUGUACUACGCAGUUAUGCGACAUCGUUCCAGUCGUGGAGUUCGUUUCUCCCUCUCGCUGAAUUUGCAAUCAACAACGCAAUUCAUGCGUCGACUGGGUUAACGCCAUUUUUCGUGAAUAACGCGAGGCACCCUCGCGUUCCAGCGCUUCUUGCUCUUUCAGCUUCAUCACACCCAGUUUCUCAGCUUGGUGGGGGAGUAUCUCCCGAUGACACUACGCGAAAAUUUUUGAUGAUUGGUAAUGUUGAAGACAAGGUUGCUGCCGAUGCAACUCAUACUGUUAAUUUCGUGGCCAAUGGCAUAUCGAGUCCCGACGCGAUGCAUCCCAUCGCGUCUCCCGUCGCUAAUUUUGCUCCUAAAGAGUCCACUUCUCCUGUAAGUUCGGCUGCUGUGACCGAAUUCCUAUUACUACGGCAAAGUAUCACGCGUUUUGUACGCGAUGCACUCCAAGAAGCAGUGGAUAAACAAAAGGAGAACGCGGACAAGCGAGGUCGAAAGAACUUGCUGACGUUCAAAGAAGGUGACAGAGUCUUACUAUCGACAAGCGGAUUACCAGACACGUCAGUAACGAAUUUGGGCGCUAAUAAAUUAGCGCCAAGAUAUAUUGGGCCCUUUCGGAUUGUUGAAGUCCAUGGAGAUGCUUACACGCUAGACAUACCUACCACUAUGCGUUUGCACCCGACAUUCUAUGUCGGGCGCCUUAAGGCUUACCUGCCGGCGGAUCUCCCUUUGGUCCUUCCUCACUCGUCUGUAUCGGCUCAAAGUCCGACACCCCCUGCCGACGACGCUGACGACGACUGGGACCAAGUCCUAGACGAGCGCGAGCAGACUCGUUCUGCUGGGGUCCACCGAACGCAGCAGUCUCGAGCUGUCGCAGACGCUCCACCAAGCCCUGCUGCUCCCGUCGGGUUCUCUCGGCAGCCUCUGUCGCAGCUGCUGCACGAUCUCGAGCCCUCUCGGCCAUCUCACGGGCAUCCAGAAGGCCGUUCAUCGCCUCUUCAGUGUCAGCACGAAGGAAACGAAGCUCGUCACUCGACGGCACAGGCGCCCGAUUAUGAGAAUCGGCGCCCAACCCAAGAAGCCUUCCGUCGUGAUGCUCCUCCUCCCUUGGUAGAUGCAUCGGGUGAGCGACGCUGGAUUGUGGACCGUAUCGUCGGUCAUGAAGACCCCACGCCUCUUGCGCCGAGUAGUGGCUCGGCGCCAUCGAAGAGUCGUUCAGAAACGCAUUACAAGGUCCGAUGGUUGGGUUAUUCACCAACGGAAGACACGUGGGAGCCUCGAAGUAUGCUGGCUCACGAUGUUCCUGACGUCGUUGAGGAGUACGAGACCAGUAAGAGGUCGGCGAACGCGACCGACGCUGCUGACUCCUUCCACGAUCCCGCGAACCGUAACGUGAGUGAAUUGGCGAUCGACGACGAUCUCCCGAGCGACUCCGGCGUCUUCUACGAGGCUCGGGAGCAUUUGGAUACCUUGACGGUCGAGAGCGACUACGAGAACGACCUCGGUGGUCGUAAGACAAACGAUCUCGACUGCGUGAACGCCUCCAUUGAUCUACAGGGCGUUCCCUCAUGUGACGCAACGCAGAUACUUGGAGCUCUGAGAGGCUCCUCUCAUAGCGUCCGAUCCAUGGUCGGAUGUGCUGGGGCAUUCCCCGUGCACACACCAUGUCGUCCCAUUCCUGCCGCAUUGGUCGCGGUCUCUCCAUGUGACACCGUGGACACCCUUCACGGACAUGGACGUAACACAUGUGGAACCCAUCACGAUUCAAAUGACAUACGCGUCGUCGUAAGUCGCCAAUAG